AUGUGCCUCCUAACGCUUGGAGGUAGCCUGGGUCUUGCGCCUCCUUGCCAAUCGAGCGACGAGGUCGGCAGGGUGCUUGAUAUUGGCAUGGGAACCGGUGUCUGGGCUAUUCAGUUUGGCGAUGACCACCCCGAAGCUAAAGUCAUUGGUGUUGACCUGUCCGCAGUACAACCGGGAUUAACGGCCCCGAAUGUAAAGUUCGAGAUUGAUGAUAUUGAAGAGGAAUGGACAUCCAGAGGGCCAUAUGAUUACAUUCACAGUCGCUUCAUGACAUCAGGCAUUGCCAAUUGGGAAGAUCUCUUUGCUCGGUCCUUUAACCCUGGCGGAUACAUGGAGCAACAGGAACCUCAACUACUUGCCCAGUCUGACGAUAAUACGCUCGGGCGCGAGUAUAUUCACGUCCCCGCGCUGAAGACGCUCAUGGAAGACACCGGGUACAAAGAGCUCGGGGCCUGGAACUACGAGAACAUCUCGCAGGGGGCCGGAGCCCUCGCCAUGGACCCGCUGACGCGCGCCUUCAACUGGAGCCGCGACGAGGACGAUCUGUUCCUGACCGAUGUCCAGAAGGACCUGAGAAACAGCAACUAUCAUGCCUAUUUCCCCGUUUCACCCCCAAACGUGACCUUCGAAGUUGACGACCUCGAAAAGAAUUGGCUGUACUCACGGCCUCUUGAGUACAUUCACAGUCGAUCCAUGAUAUCAAGUGUGAACGACUGGAAGGUGUAUCUGCAAAAGUGCUACAGUCAUUUCACGCCAGGCGGCUGGAUCGAACUGCAGGAACUUGACCUUUUCCCUCGUUCUGAUGACGGAACAGUGAAGCCCGAGCACCCGCUUAUCAAGUGUGGUCAACUGCUUCUCGAAGCUUCAGAGAUACGUGUCCUCAAGUGUCUACAAGUGGCCACCCAACCCUUGGGCGAGGAUCCGAAGUACAAGGAGCUCGGCGUGCUCAAUGGCCAGAACAUUGCAGACGGACUCGAAGGCUUCUGUAUGGAAUCAUUGACGCUCGCCCAUGGUUGGACAUCGGAGGAGGUCAAUGUCUUUCUUGUUGACGUGCGGAACAACAUCAAGGAUAGAAGUGUCCACGCUUACUGGCCCCUCUGUUGCCUCAUAGGACGCAUGCCGGAGAAGCAGCCCACUCCAGCUCCUCCCGCUCCCGCUUCUCCGGAUGCGGCCUUUCCCGCUCCGGCUCCAUCUUCUCCUCUCGCGCCAGUUGAAGGUCAACCACAGUCUCCAGUCAAGACCCCAAGGACAGCUCCUGCGUUCAGUCCGGCCAAAAGCCCAGCUCUGACCCCGUCCUAG